AUGGCAAGAAGAAAUGUCCUCAUUACAGGUUGCUCCUCAGGAAUUGGACUGGCAUUAGCUGUAAAAAUGGCAAAAGAUGAACAGAAAAGAUUUAAAGUGUAUGCCACAAUGAGAAACCUGGCCAAGAAAGAGCCACUGGAGGAAGCUGCAGGUCACAGGCUGGGCAAAACCCUGGAGAUUAAACAACUGGAUGUCUGUGAUGAACAGUCUAUUAAAGCUUGUGUGAACAGUAUCCCUGACAGAAGGAUUGAUGUCCUAGUAAGCAAUGCUGGGAUGGGCCUCAUUGGACCUAUUGAAUGUCAGACCAUUGAGGAAAUGAAAACAGUGAUGGACACCAAUUUCUUUGGCCUGGUUCGACUCCUGAAGGAGAUUCUGCCUGACAUGAAGAGGAGAAAGAGUGGGCAUAUAGUUAUAAUAAGCAGUGUUAUGGGAAUACAAGGCAUCUUAUUUAAUGAUGUUUAUGCUGCAUCGAAGUUUGCUGUGGAAGGAUUCUGCGAAAGUUUAGCUAUACAAGCACUCAAGUUCAAACUGCAGUUAAGUUUGAUUGAACCAGGCCCAGUGGUUACAGAGUUUGAAAGAAAAGUGUUUGAAGAUGGAAUGAAAAUGGAUCUUUCAGCUGCAGAUGCAGAAACAGCUGAGAUGUUUACUAAUAUUUACCUUAAAAAUUACAAACAAAUUUUCCAGAGCCUGGGACAAAGCGCUGAAGAUGUUGCAGAGCAUACAGUAAAGAUAAUUCUUGCAGAAAAUCCACCUUUUCGCCAUCAGACCAAUACUUUGUAUACUCCAAUGACAACUCUGAAGUAUGCAGAUCCAAAUGGAGAUCUACCCAUUGACAUAUUCUACAAAAUGGUUUUUCAGCAUGACAAAAUCUUCAGUGCAAGUCUCAACUUCAUCAAGUUGCUACGGUGGAGAAGCAGAAAGAGCUUUGACCUGGGAAAACCCUCACAAUAAGUAUGAGAUUAUAUAAUGCAAAUUGGAAUUACUUGUAGCUACUGAUGACACAGUAUGUUGUUAUUCAAAUGCCUUUGCUCUGUAAUUAUGAAAAGACAUGCAAGGUGUUUGUUUGAGCUUAGCUAAGAUAUUCAUUUCAAUGUGUAUCUCUUGAAUACUACAGUUUGCAGAACCUUGCAAUUAAAAUUCUCUAACUAUAGUUUUAUUCUGUUUAGUGUUUGCUUUUUCAGAGAUGUUUUCUUAAGAACAUGAACAUUGACUGA